AUGGAGAAGUGGUACAUUAGGAAGAAGAUUGCAAGGCAGUGGGAGGAUGGCAUCCUCCUAGGUGUACUCAAGGAUCUCAAUGCCAUUAGCAAAAUUUUGAAAGUAGUCAAGGUUGCAACCUGUGAUGAUGGCAUUGUAGAGGUCAUAAUAUUAGAUGACCAGAACAACCAGAAAAGGCACACAAUGGAUUUUGAAAACCACAAGUGUUCCUGCAGGGAAUGGCAAAUAACUGGCAAGCCUUGCAAGCACGCCCUGGCAUGGAUUUGCCCUAAUAGAGGAGUCCAAAUCUCUGACUAUGUCUAUGAGUAUUACUCUGUUGCAAAGUUUAGAGCUGCAUAA